AUGGAGAUGAGGUACCCAGGCUUCAAGCCUCGCCUGCAGCAUCGUCUGGUCCUGCAGGGCCCCCCGAGAGGUACCGCCCACAAAGCCCAGGUCACCAACUCAUUGGCCACUCCCAGGGAAACAUUCUACUUGCCCCUCCCACCAACCCAACCUCGACUGGAGUUCUUGCACUGGGUGCAAGUGGAGAACAGCGAAGAGCAGGAGAAAAGGUGGAGGGAUAGGGCUGAGAGGGAGCAGCGUAAGCCCCAGAGGGAGGCCAGCCUACCUCCUCCUUCCAGAAUGGGCCCCCAUACCUUGGCACGUUUCUUCUUCCAGUGGAGGGGGAGACCCAGGAACUGGAGCGGGGCCAGGGGGAGCCAAGCAGACUCACCCCAGGAUGUGGACCCUGAGUGGGUGGAGAGAGAGAGGCUGCUCUGGCUCAGUCACCUGAGGGCUCCACCACUGGACAGCAAGGGCAACAUACUGCCCCCUAGUGGCUUUAAACGGCGUGGACGAUAUGGGCCGCAGACAGAGGACCCUCAGACAGGAAUGACACACACCUCCACCACCCAAAGCCUGCCCCUGCCGCCUCUCCUCAUGCUCCGCAGACACACCCUCUGCUACCGGUUACCUCGGAAACGACCCCCGGAGCACCUGAGUUGCCCCAUGAAGGGCAGAGCAAAGACUUCCUGAACACUCACCCUGACAGUAAAGACUACUGACUAUCUACAUCAUUGUCUGUGUUGCAACCUUCUUUUUGUUUAAUAGAUGGCAGUCCAGUGAACCUUUUCACUGGACU